AGUUCUAUGAGCGCUAUUUUAUUGUGAGGACGCAAACUGACUAUAUAGUAACUUGGUUGGUCCUUGCUCCGUAACGGCGACUGCAAUUUAUUGUUUUUAUCUUGGAAAGUUGAAAAAUCUUUGACAUUGCAUGAUAAAUGUACGCGGUCAUGAAUUUUGUCGUGAUUAAAUCGGGUUUUAUCAGACACAACGCAAUUAAACAAUUGUGAUUUUUGUGUUAGGUUGUUUGUUUAUUUGAAAACUAUAAAUAUUUGUUGUUUGUAUUUAUUGUGAAUGGUGAACAUUUUUUUUUCUGAACGAAUUUUCAUCGGGAGUAUAACAGAAAUUAAUUUAAAGUGUGUUAUUUUUUCGAAUUCUUGAAUGAGAAGUAAGAUGUGUUUUCCCUUCAUCGACCAAGGUUUUGAAAAUUCCGUAUCACUAAAAAGUGGAAAAUCGCUAUUUAAAUCACUAACUGCACUAUGCAAUCGAGGGAUAACGGAAACCUUUGAAAGCGCGUCGUUUGGGUCGCGCGACGAGCCAUGAGUCGGUGCCCGGCGGUGCGUCAUCGCUCAUGGACCAUCCCGCGUCUUAUGUGCGGAUCUUCUUCAGCUUGGGGCCGCGCCACGAGACUGCGAUCUUUCGAUCCGACACACCAUCAGAUCAAAUUAAAGAUUUAUUCAGAUCUGCUGCAGAGGCGGGACCACGAGAUAUUCUAAAAUUGUACAAUAUCGAUGGACAAUUAUUGAAUAUUUCUGCUGAACUACCUUCUAAUUCUCCAGAGACUCGGUAUUCUUUGCAAGUAGUCGCCGCCAACGGUUUAGCAAUGCUUCAAGAAUCCACCGGAGCCGAUCUAAAAGCCCUCGAAGAAAGGGUAUCGGCCAUAGAAAGACAACUUCGAUGGGAACUACCAUUACCCCCUACAGUUGAAGAGCUUCAAAAGGAAGUUGAAGCUUUUAAAGAAAAACUGGAAACUACAGAAAGUUUGAGCUGGCUUGGAUUCUAUAAACAGCUUCCAGAACCUCUUUCUAGUGAAGAAUGUCGUCGACUGCAAUAUCGACGUAAAAGUGAUUCUGUCAAAAAACGAGUGAAGCAGAAUUUUGCAAAUAUAUGCGACACACAAGUAUCUGAUGCAAUCCGACAAUGGCUCAGAAUGCCGACGUUUGAUGCGAGGCCUUGGGAAGAUGAAGAAUUAUUACUUCUGUUACAACAAAUGUACCUGGAUCACGAUCUAUGUUCAAAGUUCGCCAUCGACAUAACUACCCUGAGGAAUUUCCUGUACGAGACGUACAAAAAUUACAACGAUGUGCCGUUUCACAAUUUUAGACAUUGUUUUUGUGUCGCACAAAUGAUGUAUGCGAUUUCGUGGUGUGUUGAUUUGCCAUCGAAAAUAGGUGAUUUAGAAGUGCUUAUAUUAUUAACUUCUUGUAUAUGCCACGAUCUUGAUCAUCCCGGAUACAACAAUAUAUAUCAAAUAAAUGCUAAAACAGAAUUGGCAAUACGCUACAAUGAUAUUUCACCGUUAGAAAAUCACCACUGUAGCGUAGCAUUCAGAAUACUCGAAAACGAUGAUUGCAACAUAUUCAGAGCAUUCAGUAGUGAAGACUUCAAACAAGUGAGGGAGGGAAUGAUUAGAUGCAUUCUAGCUACUGAUAUGGCGAGACAUAAUGAAAUUUUAACCAACUUCAAAGAAAUAUUACCCAAUUUCAACUAUAGUGAUAAGGCACACGUCAAUUUGUUAUGCAUGGUUCUAAUAAAAGUAUCAGACAUAUCCAACGAAGCGAGGCCUAUGGACGUAGCUGAACCAUGGCUUGAUAAACUCCUCCAGGAAUUCUUCAAGCAAAGCGACGCUGAAAAACUGGAAGGAUUGCCAGUUACACCGUUUAUGGAUCGUGAAAAAAUUACCAAACCAUCUUCACAGUGCUCUUUUAUCGGAUUUGUAUUACUGCCUUUAUUUGAGGCACUAGGAGAACUUUUCAUUGAAUUACAGGAUUUAAUAAUUGUACCUGUUCGAGACGCACUUGACUACUAUCGAAGACUUAAUGAAGCAACGAGGGAAGAAAGACUGCACCGUAAAAGUAUAGUAGAAACAACUCUAGCCGACCAUAGCCCGUCAUCUCAAAGCUCUGAUCCAAAUGUGCCAAAAUCUAAUUCUAAUGCGAACAUUAAAAUGAAGAAGAGCUUCAGCUUUCAACAAACACGUUCCAGAUCGCGGUCAUCGGACGAAGAAAUCACAGACAAUGACGCCGCUACAGGACCAGGUGACGGACAAAGUCUCGAAGAUGUUCAAGAAGAUACAGAAAGCGGAGAUUCGGAAACGGCUAACGAAGUCGAAGUUUCGGAGAAAGCUUUGAAGUUUAAAAUAUCCACGGAAAGCAGUAUUACUACUACUGGUAGAAAAAGUUAUCCAGGAUCUCGUAAAGGUAGCAGAGAAAGAGUUCAGCAUCUCAAUCAUUCGGAAAUAGCAAAGAUGGUGGCUAAAGGAAAACUACGAUGUGGAGGUUUGAGCUUCGAUCAACACUGUCUAGUGGGGAACAAGAAACUGUCCUUCGAUCCCCCUGAGUUUUUAGACGAAUACGCUUUAACACUUAAGAAGAAGUUCGAAGAAGGUCUAGCAAGCAACAAAUUUGAAUCCGAUGAAGAAAAAGACGAUACAGAAGACGGCGAGUAUAUUUUAUCCAAAGAAACGCUGAAUUUGAACAAACGAAAUUCCGAACAUUCCGUAAAAGUUCCUUCGGUGAACGAAGAGAAGAAAAGCAUUUUAAAGUAUAGUGAAAAAACUUAUACCACUGAACAAAGACUUAAAACGAACAAUGACGAAGAUGCUGCAACCAAAGAGGACAUCGAAUGUCCAAACUAUACGCGUAAAAAUAGUAUUAAAAAUUGUAGUGACCAACAAGUGGGUGGUAACAGUAUUUUUGUGCAAAGGGAGGAUGCUAAGACGAGUCGAUCGAUUUUUUCGCGGUUUAGACAGUUAACGGACAGGCUAGGACUUUCAGAUAAAGAACCCAAAGUGAAAAUUAUAAAAGCAGCGACGAAAAAUAAUAAUUGUUCGAAGGGUACACCACAGAAAGGCAAGAAAAGGUCAGAUAGUGCAUAUUACAAACUGGAUGAUGUGAAGAAAGCUAGUACGCUACCAAAAACUAAAGGAAGUAAUAAGAAAACGUGGAAAUUAUUUGUAGGAAAGCAGAAGAGUUGGGCUUCCGAUGCAGCAGUCGACGAAUUGGAUUUGGACAAUCAAUCACUUCCUUCUACUUCCCAGGUUCAAAGCAACUGCGCAAGUCCUAAGUUAGGUAACUUCAAGAGCGAAUCGUCGCUUAGGAAAGAAGAUUCAACUACUAACAACGUUGUUGACAAAUGUAUCGUCAAGCUACAGGAAAUUACAAAUGACGAAAUUUUAGUCAUAAACGAAAAAGACCCUACUCUGAUAUGACAAGAGGUUAACGUCCCUGAAAAAGAAAGUUUUACCAGAUAUAUAUUUUGUCGUUGCUGUAAAUACAGGCCAAACGCUAGAGAAAAUGUUUAGAAUUGAAUUUCUUAUUUAUUUUUAUUUAGUUGAAUUUUUCAUUAUAAUCGCUAUUUAUUUUUAUUUAACCGAAGCAAAUAUUAUUUGUAUGGAUUCGUCUCUCUGAAGAUUAUUUCGAAAAUAUUCAGAAAUACGUAAUAGUUUUGUCUGUGAUUUUUAUCUAAAAAUAUUUCAUUUCGGCAAGGACGUACCCAGCGAGGGGCAGGUGUGUAUUGGUGGAAGGUGAGGGGUCUCUAACCAGAGAAUACAACUAGUUGCUUGAAUGUCGAUAGAAAUAAUUGUACAGUCGUUUCCAAUUUUCUAUAGAAAAUCUGAAAGCAUCCGCUUCUUGUGGACCAUAUUAAUUACAAUGUUUACUACCAUAGCACCAACACACAAUUACAUAAACUGAGUUUUCGUCUUCGGGGACCUGGGGCGAAAAGUUUGUUCAAAGUUAGUUGAAGAAAGUAAAAGAAAAAGCAAACAAAAGUUUUUAUUGCCGAGCCGAUCACUAGAGUGUGCCAAAGUACAAAUAUUACUAAGGAGUUAAUUCACUUGAGGCAAGAAUUUAUACUAUUCGUCAUAGAUUUUUUAAGGAUUUUAAAAAGCGGAAAGCAGUCGGAAUAAUUCUUAAUUUCAAUAGGGAAAUGAAAGCAUAUUCCUGGAUUUCUAGCUUGUGCUUGGUUUUGUACAUGCAAAUCCUUAUUCUCAAACUCCCACGAGUCGUUGUGUUUUUAAUUUUCAGUUGAAACAAUUUCUUCUGAAAGCUCUACAAAAUUGGUUUUAUCAAAUUCUGUACGCGACACUCAGAAACACACGUGUUGUUCACACAUAAACACCAUUAAAAAUGAUUUAUGUGCCGUAAAUUUGCUUAAACAAAUAUUCGAUUAUAAUAAAUGUUUUUGUUCUUUUGGUAAUAUUGAUUGUAUUUCAAACAGAGUAGCAGUGUGUUCAGGAAAAGCAACUCGUUGAUUUCGACCAAUUUCUAUAUCAUUUCCAAAUGAAACUUCGCGCUAUAACUUGUCUUAUUUCCUACAGAAUCAGUUGUUGCUGUAGAACCAAAACUCGACGUUAAUUUUUUGUCAAAUGCUUCUUUCUUUCAGUAUAAUUCAGCUCAUGGAAACCUAUUACGUAUUUUAUUUGAAAUAACAGAUAGACGAAUCAAAAAAAGGCAACGUAAAAGGUUUUUAAUGGAGUGAUGGACGAAAUCAGAUACCAAAGAAAAGUUGGUUCUAAAAAUACAUAUAAAUUAAUAAAAUAAUGGGUUUCAUACAGACCAAAUAUGACAAUAGAAACUAAAUGUUGAUAGAGAUCAUUUUUGCUAAUAAAUUAUACGAGGUGCAUAACGUAAGUUUACCUAUUUAAAAGAAGGAUCUAAUAUUUAUUGGCAACAAAUAUGGCAAUGUUUUAACUAUUUUCAACAUACCCUCCAGUAUAAUUGUGAAGAAUAGAACAUUAAUUACCCUUGCAAAAAAAUUUACUACCUGGAUAAGCGUAUAUAACGGGUAGUAUUAGUUUUAAAUUAUCUGUAUCUGAAAUUGAAGAAAUCAAUACUUUAUUUGAAUACAUAAAAGAUAAUUCACAAUUGUGUUUUCUUUUUAGCAUUUUUGCCUGCUUCUAACAUUCUUUGACUAGAUUUUGAAUCAAUUAUAAACCGCUAAAUUUGACUAAAACAGUUUACUUUUAUUUCCAAUCAUAAUCAUAACAUAACAUAAGUACAUGAACUCUUUUUGACCUUCAAGUGUGUUGAAUUAUUAUUGAUUCAUAUAUUUUUAGAACCACAGCUGUCUCAUAAUAUCUCACAAAUAGCUAUUAGUCGAGAAGCUGGCUACAUAAAACAGCAUCGAUAAGGUACACUACGGCCUUUUUGGCACUCUGUACAGGUCGGAUAUGAAAAUGUCAGCCGGUUUUCCCGGGCGAAAAAAUGAGCUGAAAAACCUAAUAUGGUACACGAGUGAAAACUCUGGGAUUGUGGGGUUCGAACCUCAAAUAAGAACGCUGAAACAACGCCAGAAGCUUAGGAGGUCGGAAAGCCUAGCCAGAAGUUAAAAUUCGUCCGAAAAAUGAAGCGAACGUGAGGCCACACUCUCAACUAGUAGCGGUGUAAUAGCGAAGCAUCAUCUUACCCCAACGAUCUUCAAAGUUUCUUGGGGCACCAUUAGCCGACAAACAUUACUGAAGGACUUUUGGCAAAGAUACAACGGUUUCCAGACAUUUUUAACAAAAGUUCAUGAAAAUAAUUUUCAUUAGAGCCCAGAGCGAAAAGUUCAUUUCACAAGUACGUUGAUUUUCCUUAUUUUUUUCGACCUGUGAAACUUCUGGCGUUAUUACACCACUUUUGGUUAAGACCACAAAAGUCAAGUAAAAAAGUCUGACGCGUAUACCACGUGAGGUUUUUCUGAUGAAUUUUCCGGCACUUUUGGUCCUGAUCUGCACAACUUCUGGCGCUAUUACACCGCUACUAGUUGAGACUCCGGCCUCACGUUCCACAAUGUUUCACUCGUGUACCAAAUCGGGUUUUUCGGACGAAUUUUCUGGCACUUUCGGUCACUUCUGGCUAGGCUUUCCGACUUCCAAAACUUCUGGCGUUAUUACAGCGUUCUUAUUUGAGGUGCGGACCCCACGAUCCAAGAUUUUUCACUUUUGUAUCAUAUGAGGUUUUCCAGGUCAUUUUUUCGGCCGGGAAAACCGGCUGGCAUUUUCAUAUCCGACCUGUACAGAGUACCAGAAAUGCUCAAACGUCGUGUACCUUAUCGAUGCUGUUUUCUGUAGCCAGCUCUGUAACUAUAUCUGGAAUUUUAGGUUGAAAUAGUUGUAGCUAACUAAAUAAAGAUUGCAGCACAUCAAGUUUUGAUCAAAGAAUUUAAUAAUCAAAUAUAGUUUUCUACAAUACUUUAAACAAUUACACAAAAGUUUCUUAUCUUUCAUAAAAAAACAACACUGUAUAUUUUUGUAAACUUUAUAGAGUUGUUUUUAUGUAAUAUACUCAGUGAUGUAGAAACUCAAACAACUAAUAAAAAUUCAUUUACGAUUAUAUUGGAAAUAUAUAUCUCAAAGUACAGUACAUAUAUAAAAUUAUUAAAAUAUUUCUUCAACUUUCUGUUAUAAAUUCUUUUAUAAUCCAUGAUCUAUAAUGACAGAAACAUUUUGAUAACAUUCACUUAUGUCCCAUGUUCAAAUGAGAAACAAAUCCGGCAAUCUUGGGAACCUAGUUAAGAGUGAAACUUUGAGGAAACAAAUCAAAGAUAGUUCCAAUAUUUCCUCAAUGCAUCUUCUAUCUAUGUUUCUUUGGCAAAAACAUCUGUCUCUAAUAUUCCAGAUGGUCUUCGUGACUUGGUACACACGAUCUAUGGUAUUAUAUACAAGGUUAUCUAUUAUAGGGUAUAUAUACAACCCCUGUCUAAUCUACAAAGAACUAAAUGGUUUUUUGCUUUUACCAUUGAGUUAAAUUGAUAUUUAAACUGCUGAAACUUUGAAGGAAACGAGGUAAAUAUGGUUCCAAUGUUUCCUCAAUGUAUCGACGUGCAUUCAAAUUGUUUCUGGAGAAUAUUCGCAUCCUAUACGUUAUGCUAUAACACAAUUCAGGCCCAUAUGAAAAAAGUUAAUCUAUAAAUUUUUUCGAGCAACAUUUGAUGAAUUACUUUGCCUACUGUAAACAUGGUUUUCGUGUCCACCAAAUUCGGGACUUUCUAAACGUACAGUUACAUAUUAAAUAUCAAAUAUUAUUAAAAAAAAGUAAACUUGGAGUAUUAAAAAAUAUAUUUGAAAACUACUAAAUUGCUUAAGUAAUAAUGACACACAGUAUGAUGCAAAUACAAAUGUAAACCAAUAAUUUGUAGUGCUAUUGUCUUCCUAACAUCUGACAUACUUCUGUUUAUACCAACAGCACUUUCUCAUCUUUCCAACGAACCCAUUGAGCACUAUGAAGACUUUUAUUAUAAAUAUUUAUAUAUCACUGAGUAUAUUCUUACUUGCGAAACGUGUUUUUGUGGGAAUGAUCGUAAAUUUCCAAAAUUGUAGAUUGUUUACCAAGUAAACCAAUAUCAAAACUGUAAAGUAUUUUAACAUAAAAUAGAAAAAAAUUUAUCUCCAUUAUAAAUCUAUUCUGUUGAAAUUUUUGUUCGCCUUAUUUUGUAGUGAAAAAUUUACCCUCAAAUCUAUAGAUGUUUAUAUUUUAUUAAAAUCUGAACAUAUCCAAAUAAUCUUUUAUCUAAAAACUAAAACUUUUAUAUAAAAAAAUUUACUUUUCUAAAAUUUUUGAAACCAAAACAACAGUCUUUCAUUCUUUUAACACGUCGAGCCCCGGUGCGGCCCAUAGACCCACAACUGAGUGUUCCCCACAGCCCAGAGCGUAUUUUAUUUCAAAAUUCCUCUACGACCCAAAGAACCGCAUUUAAAUAUGUUUUACAGUGUAUUAGGACCGUCCUGGGUCCUUGAAACAUUAUCCUAUUUUUGGUACAUUUUAUUUAUUUUUUUCACGAUCCAUUUGGACAUAAAUCUUUUCAUAUUUUUUUAUGGUUUUUUGAAAAUAAUAUCAAUUAUAAUUUUUAAUUUGUACUAAGUUUAAAUUACCUGUAACUAUUUUUGAUAAAUUUUAUGUUUAAGGGUAUAAAAAAUGACAAAUUUGGAAUCAAAUUAGAAAGAAUUUAGAUAAAUAUAAAUGAUUCACUUAAUAUUGUCUAUCACGCAUUUUUCUAAAUGUUUCAACACAUAAUAAACAUAGCAGAUAAGUAAAUAUGACCUCAAAAAGAAUUUAUUUUUGAUCCCAUAUAAUAUUUUUCAAAAGUACAUUUUUUACUUUACAUAAAACACAAAUAAAAAUAUUGAGUUCAGGGGAAAGUUUAUCAAUUUAGGUUAGGGCUCAACGUGUUAAAUCAUAUACAAAAAAAACAAUCUAUAUUCAAAAUAGAAUUUAUCAAUUACAUAUAUCUCGUAUUUGCUCUCUUAUAUAUACAGGGUGAUCGGCUAUGAAAAUUGAUAACAUGGCGUGUGCCAUAAUAACUGUCAAUGAUCCAAAUACUAUUUAAAAUAUCAAUUUUAUAUUCCGACAAAAUAAAUCACUUGUUUCCCUUUCAGACUUGAUUUAUCACAGAUUAAACAUGGACUGCUACUUCUUCUAUUCUUCUCGGCAAAAAGAAAUACGUCAACCAGAUGAAAAUUUCAAUCGAUUUCUUGAAAAUAGGAAUUCAAUUGUUGAAAAUCGAUUCCACUUUAUAUAUGCAUUAAUUGUGUAAAGCUCUCGCAGCUGUGAUCAAUUGCACUGCUACUGGACGUUUUGUUAACGUGUGAUUGACAUCUUCAGAGGAUGCCUCUUGCUCCAACUGAUUCUAACAGUAGCGGUAGUUGUUUUUUAGAAGUUAAUAAUAAAAUUUGGAUUCAUUCGAACCAUUUGACAAGUCUGAAAUCAUUUUAAAAGAAAAUUUCGUUUCAUUUGGUCAUUGAAAACAGCCAACAAAACAGAGAAUCAUCCAUAGACGUGCAAGAUCCUUUUUACAUCAAUCCUUUUAGAUGAUUUGCCAUUUAUUUUCUCAGCUAAAGUAGUGUACUAUGGUCUAAGUGGUUUAUGUAAACUUAAGGACACAUUUUCUUUUUAACUCACGAACUUUUAACAAAAAUUUAAAACUAGUUGCAUGUCUGAGCGUCCUUGGAUAUUCAAGGAUAGGUCUUCAUCUUCGUCGUGUAUACGUAGUUUUCAGUUCAGUUUGUUUCAGGAGUUAUUUGUUCAUUUUUGUGAAAAUUUCGCUGCAUAUACCAGUUAACAAAGAAAUCUACUGAUUCUCCACUCAAUACUUUCCAUAAGCUGAAACUUGAAGAUUGAGUUCGUUUUUAAAACAAAGGUUCUCUUUUUUUGUAGGAUUACAGUCAAAAAUCGGAAUCAAUCCGGUCGAAUACAUUGUAAAAAUGAGGGAUUUACCGCAGUUCUAAUUUACUGGCUUAUUAUCCAAUAUUUAUUAAGUUUUGCAUCUUCUACAUAAAGGACUUUUCAGUAAUGAUCCAAACAAGGCUGACUGCAAAAAGUCACCAGUCUGAAAGCGGUUUAACAAUGUUAAUAGUUUUCAGAUGUCGGAAUAUAAAACUCCAUUUCUAUGUACUGACCAAUUUUCAUUUAGAAGAUGAUUAAAUUAAAACCGUCCGGUCAAUUUAGAGUACAUAUCGCGUACAGCUAAAAACUGGCGUGGUUAUUCGAAACGCUAUUAUAAAUGAAAAGUUACUCGAGACCAAAAUUCGCAAAAUUGCGUUUUUCGCUUUUUUCAGUAGAAAAUUAAUCAUACAAAAAUUGUGACUCAUACUUAUCUAUAAGAAAUGUCUUAGUACUUUUUUUCUAAAAGCAAGCGUUUCUGAAAUAUAGGGCGUUCUUUUACUUGCUGGUUGCAAGUAAUUUGCUUCCAUAGCUAUGCAUCAUGAAUCCCCAUACGACUCGACACCUGGUACAUUCACGAGAAUAACUAUUUUGUAGCCAUUUCACGGAUCACCCAUAUUAAAUAAGUGGAUUGUGCCCUAUAUCCCUUUUUAUAGUUACAAAUAAUUAUGUUUGUGGAUUAAUUUUGACAUUUAACUUCCCACACCAUUCUUUUUAUUGUAGCUAAACUUGAACCGAAUAAUACACUCGAAAAAGACAUUUAAAAUAAACUAAUUUAUAAGUACAAGUGUUUUUAUUUUCGAAAUUUAUCUACAGUCUGGGUUUUUACCCCACAUUCCACUACGAUCGUUGGCCGAAACCCACUAGCAACACGUCACGCCACGCCACCUCACGCCACGCGACGUAUAUUUGUGCAUAUGUUUUCCCAUUUAAUUCAAUUGUCUGCGUACAUACUCAGCUACCACGCCACGCAACGCCACGCGAUCCCACGUGGGGCGAUUCAAAAUUCUCGACGCGCGAUGAAACGUGUCUUGUCUUUCUAUGUCAAUUUACGAUUUUUGUUGAUUUUAUGGGCACAAAAUCUUCUUUUUCUCUUGAUGCAUAAGCAGCACAUCUUCACGUGGAUGGACGUCGCAUGGUGUGUUGUAGCGUGGCGUGUCAUAAAUUUGUACACAUCAAUGUACCAUGCGAACCGAAGUCGCAUGGCGUGGCGUGACGUGUUGCUAAUGAGUUUCGAUCUUAACGCUUACGAUUAUCCAUACCAAGAGGUGAGUCGAUGUAAACGUAUCACAACUUUAGUGAUAUGUAUACGUAGCGUAUUUAUGCAUGAUUAAUAUGAAGAUUAGAGCUUCUAGAACAUUUAUAUCUCAGAAAAAGUAUUAAGACUUUUUUCAUAGAUAAAUAUAACUAUUUAUAAUUUUUAUCUGAUGUAAUUAUUUAAACGUUUAGACGUGAAAAUCCAAAUUUGAGUGUUCCGAACAUUCAUACCAAUUAUUUAGGUUUAUAGGAGUUUGUGAGGAUUCAUUAAAUACUAUUUUUAAGGCUAAUUUGACCGGACUACAACUAUUGACAAAUACUGAUUAACAUCGAUUUUGUUAUGAUUACACAGAUUUGCAUUUAAAAAAAGAACGUAAAGGUGUGUACUGGCGCUAGAAAUGUAUUAGAAUAUAUUAUUAAAAAAAAAAACUUUAUUUAUUUACUUUAGAUAUUGUUUUCAAAGAUAUUUAUAAAUUUUCAAUACUUGUGAUUCUAGUCCACUAUCUUUAUCAUUAUCGCUGAUAUUUACUAAGGUACCUGAAUCGAAUAUACCCACCUUAAGGUUUGAUUCUCAUUUUUUCAACAUUUAAACAAUAUAAACAUGUCAAAUUUAUGUCAUUAUAUAAUGUUUUUAUCUAGCUUCAAUAUCACGUAUACCUCUUAAUUAUUUAUUUUUUUAACUCUUUUAAAAUAGGAGGAAAUUGGCCUUGUUUCCGACUGCUGUUUUAUUUAACUUCGGAAACCCCAUCAGCCAAUCGGCACCUGUCGUUAUACCCUGGGAAUUCCACGUUUUAAUUAUUUUGUACGCAGAAUUUCUUGACGAAUAUACGUUUUGCUUCAAUGGCUAUCCUACUUUGUAUAAUAGGAGAUACUAAGGUCCUUUCCUGUUCAACGUUUAGUAAAUUUUUUCAACCCAAUUCAGAUUUUUUGACGUGGUAUUUUAUAACGUUUGGCGGCCCCACGACGUCCAUAUUUCGUUUUGAUUACGAUAUUCACAAAUCACAUUGAACUUUUGACAUUUUUGAAACUAAACUACACCACAAAAAUACCAUAACAAACUUACCUUUGUGUUUUAUAACUUCGACACGGUUUUCGGUGAGUCGCGUCUGCCGUUCGGAUACGAACCUCGAGCAAUUACCGUCGCGUUUAGCUUAAAAUGGGCUUUAGCUACAGCUACAGGCAAUUGGUCAUAUUGAUCGGCUGGCCAUAUUCGACCCAGAUACCUUAUAUAUUAUUUUAUAUGUGUGAAUUAUGUAAUAGAAUAUAGAAUGUAGAAUAAUAUUUUCCUACCAAUUAACUUUUGUAUUUAUACAAACUUAUAUUUCUUUGUUGAUACGUUGAGAUAACAAUUCGAAGUUACAACAAAUUGCUCUCAAAAACCCCCAAAACGGUGCAAUAGCGAAGAAAUGAUGAUCAAUUGCAUUUGUAAACAUAGAAGUCUUAUCUACUCUGAUGUACUUUUCAUUCCAUAAAUCACAAAAUAUUAUUCUUCCAAAAUUCAUUUAUAUACAGGGUGUCCCACGACCAAUUAAACUUUAAAAUUAAAACUGUAUAUGGCAAAAUACUUAUAGUAAAAUUAUGAAAAUUUCUACGUUUUGAUUUUCGGAUACGAUCUUUUUAACUAAUAUAUUUUCAAACAUGGCUAUAACUUUGUUAUCUUAAAUGAAACACCCUGUAUAUCAAUACAUUUUUGAAAUCUACAUAAAAUUUAAGUAUACUUUUGUCUGAAAAGUUUUUUCGAAAAACGCAUACUUUUUGAGUUAUUAAUUUUUUUGUGAAAAAUUUAACCGUUGCAGACCCUUAUAAAUUAUUUUUUUACGUGGAUACCCUUGAACAUAUUAAAAUGGUUUCUAUUCGGUUGCUUUUAGCAAGGUCAGACGUAUUUGAAUCUAUGUUGAAAAAUUUCUUAUUUUAUACAGGGUGUAUAUAAAAAGUGCUCAAAGUUUAACUUCAUGAAUAUCAAAUUUCUUUAUUUUUGUAAAUAGUGCCACCCGGUUUUUUCUAAUUUAAUGCAUUCAGGGGUAAAAAAUGAGGCAAAUUGAAUGUUUUCUGUAAAUUUUCAGAGAUACAGGUGGGGUCUAAAUUUUAUUUUGAUAAAUAAAAAAGUAUUUUUAUUUAUCUUGUCAAGGUCUGUAAACUACUUAUUUAACUGUCAGUGUUACAAGUUAUUACAAGAACAUGUACUUUAUUUGCUGCAAGUUAUCCAGAUAGACCACGACCGAAAUCACAUUCUAUUGAAAGAAUACUCAACAAUUUGGAAACUAUACGGUUCAUUUGAAGCAAAAGUUAAUCGAAUUAAACCAGUUAUUGACAAUAAUAAUGCCGAAAUUGAUGAUGUUGCUUAUUUUACUGCUUAUCCAGAAGCAUCAAUACGUGCUGUCGUAAAAGAUCUCAGAGUAAGCAAAUCGUCGAUUCACCGUAUUUUACAAAAACAUAAAAUUCAUCCUUAUUCUAACAAUUUAUGUCAAAAUUUAAAACCAACUGAUUUUAUUAAAAGUAGAGUUUGCUGACCUUGACAAAAUAAAGAAAAAUACUUUUUUAUUUCUUAGUGCUUGUAUCAACGGGUCAAAAUAAAACCCCUGAAUGCAUUAAAAUAGAAAAAACAGGGUGGCUCUAUUUAAAAAAAUAAAGAAAUUUGAUAUUUAUGAAGUUAAUCUUUGGAUACUUCUUAUACACACCCUGUAUAAAAUAAAAAAUUUUUUAUCAUAGAUUCAAAUACUUGAGACCUUGCUAAAAGCAACCGAAUAGAAACCAUUUUAAUAUCUUCAAGGGUAUCCUCGUAAAAAAAUAAUAUAUAAAGGUCUGCAACGGUCAAAUUUUUUACAAAAAAAUUAAUAACUCAAAAAAUAUUCAUUUUUCGAAAAAAGUUUUUGGGCAAAAGUAUACUAAAAUUUUACGUAAAUUUCGAAAAUGUAUAAAUAUAUAGGGUGUUCUAUUUAAAAUAACAAAGUUAUAAUCGACUUUCGGUAGAACUGGAAAUCGGCCAUCUUUGAAAAUAUUUUAUUUAAAAAGAUCGCCAUAUACAGAUAGUUUUAACUUGUCGUGGUACACCCUGUAUAGUGUGGAAACGUAUAGGAAUAAGAAUAGGUUUCACAUUAAGCGACUACACCAGGAAAUAAUUAAAAUUAUUCAGUACAUUAAUCAAUCGUGGUGAAAAUAAAUCACAACUUCUCGGAGCUAGAUAUAAUAAUAAAUGAGCUAAAAAUGGUACUCACUCGAACUUCAUGGAGAUCUAAUGAUAUUUGUCAACAAAAAUUAUAAUUUCAUGCAUAUUAUUUGAAAAAUAACAUUUAAUCGUCCUUGAGAUUGUCGAAGCAGCUACUUUUUAGUUAGCUUUCCUCCGACUUCUUUAUGUUAUGCUCAAAUUAUUGAAAUUGAUACAUUUCAAUACAUUUAUUGUGAUCAAAUAAUCAUUUUUUAACUAUUCUAUGUCUCCCCUUUACAUGAAUCUGCUACAAUUGCGCUCCCCUGUUACAAGUUACUAACUGACGUCAUUUCUAUUUUCAAAAGUUGAGUUUUUGAACUAAAAUUUCAUAAAUUACGAACAGUGUCUCAUUAUCACAUGAAAAUAUUUAUAAAUAAAUUUGUAGAAUGGGGUGAUUUGCACUAAGUUGAAAACGAAUGCAGGCGUUCGAUUUUCAACUUAUCUUAGAUCGAAAAAUCUUUAUUUUCCUAUGAAUAUUCGAAGAAAAUUUGUUUUCACACGAGGACCACUAAAACCAACUUAUAUGUACCAUAUCUUUGUAAUGAAGAAACGGAGGAUUUUGGAUAUUAUUUUGACCUCUUCUAGUACAUCGAUUUUAUCAUUAGUCUGAUAUAAUUCAAUUCAUUCAUGUGUAGUAACCCAUAUCACUAAAUGUACUCAGAAGUCCAGCAUCUUCGGUAGGUGCCUUGUUGACUUUCACUUUGUUAAUUGUCAUUUUCUUACCUGUGCUUUAUCUGCUAGCUUUUCGCUAUUUUCUGUUCUGAUCAAGACUGAGUUUUAGUUGAACGUUUGAACGUGAUAAUUUAUCUAUUUAUUUGAUAAUUGAACAUAUCAUUCGACUCAAAUUUGUAAAAAGAUCGAAAGACAACACAAAUAAACUAAAAACCUCCGUUUUUUUAUAACUGAACUUUAUAUUUUCUCAAUCCAAUCUAUAUUCUUCCUAUUGUACUAGAUUGAUAAGUGAUAAUUACUUAGAAGUUGCAUAUUUUACAAAUAGUAUGAAUUAAAAAAAAAACAUACGACCGUGUAAAUCAAUUGAAAAUAUUGAAUAAAUGUCUAUAAC